CACUAAUCAAAUUUUAUUUUAUUUUGCAGAUUCGAAGCACGAGUAGUAGACCUACGCCCCUACCUGAUGUGAUCUAUGUCUAACCCAUACCUACCUGUUCUUGCAACACACAAAAGAAAUCAUUUCCAACUAGAAUUUCCCUGCGGAGGACAAUGUUCAAGGCAAAGCUCCAAGAGAUGUGCCAACGGUUUGGCAUGGAGCUGCCGGAAUACACGACGGCGAAGGAAGGACCCGCUCACGAUGCCAGAUUCAACACAACGGUCACUGUGAACGGAUUGCAAUUUCACUCCACCCCAAACAAGUGCAGGACAAGCAAGGAAGCCCAAAACCUAGCUGCCCGCUUUGCUUUUGCAUACUUUUCUGCCAAUCCGCCGGACCUUCAUUCUUCCCCUUCCACCUCCAGACCUUCUCCCUCCAAUCCUGCUCCUGCUCGACUUCCCCCUCACCUCACGGCGGAUCUAGCCGCUCUUCAACCAUCCCCAACCCAAGCUGCAAACUCCCAACCUGUUAGCUCCCCCCAGAGUCAUCAUCGUUCAUCUCCACCAGAACUCUCUACAGAUCCUCUGGCCGGCACUCAACCUGCUCACUCACCUCUGCCUCAGCAAACACUGAUGGGAGGCCGUUCACUUCCAAUGUCUCCAGCUCCCAUUGAUGCCUCCCAACCCCACACGUCCCUGCUUCUGCAAACACCUAUUCUGGCUACCCAUAAUCAUUCAUCUCCGCAGGGAAUCUCUUCAGAGGUUACUCAGUCAUCCACAAAAGAGCAUGCAAGUAUGAGAGGGAUGUACAAGUCAAAAUUGGCGGAGCUAUGCCAGAUGCAUGCGUGGAAACAGCCUGAGUACAAGACAGAGAAAGAAGGACCUGAUCACAUGCCUCGAUUUUCUGCCACAGUCGUUGUCAAUGGAGUUUCUUUCGUAACACCAAACAACCUCAGUCGUUCUUCGAAAGAAGCAACAAACCUUGCCGCCCAGGUUGCCUUUGACCACCUCUCUAGCCUUAAACCAACUUUCUCCCAAGAAGGCCCCUUUCCAUCAAAAACAGAUGUGCUACAUGUUUACAAGAACCAGCUACAACAGUAUGCUCAGAAGCAGGGGAUCGCACUUCCUGAAUAUUCUUGUGAAACUGAAGGACCACCACAUUAUCGCCGCUUUAAAUCAAAAGUUGCUUUGGCUGGAAAAGUUUAUGAAAGUCCACAAUUCUUCCGUACAUUGAAAGAAGCUGAACAAGCAGCAGCGAAAGUUGCUCUGGAGGCAUUAUCACCCAAUGAAACUCAAAAGGAUGGGGGUCUAUACAAGAUUCUUUUGCAACAACUUGCACAAAAACUGGGCUUCCUUCAUCCUGUGUAUAGAACAAUCCAGUGUGGUCCACCUCAUGCUGCUUCUUUUAUUUCUACUGUGCAAGUUGGUCAAGAAACAUAUGAAGGACAAGCAGCUAAGAACAAGAAACAAGCUAUCUCAAAUGCUGCCGAGGUUGCUUAUAAUACUUUGAUAAAUUGUACAGAUCUUGUAAGUUCAAAGAUGCAGAAAGCAUCAGCUACACCUGGCAUGCUUACACCUAUGAAUCAUCCAUCACUCGAUAAUAUAUGUUUUGUUCCAACGCCGUUCGAGCAUUCUGCUACUUCUGCUUUACAGUCUGAUCUUAUUAGGAGUUCAUCAGUGGAGUCCAGUGGCAAGGAAACUGAUAAGCCUGUGGUUUCACAGUGCAAUUCAAAUGCUUCUGUUUUGCCUUAUGAUGCCCAGGCCUUACCUGAUAACUUAUCCUCUACUCCAUCAAGACUUCAGCAUUUAACUAGGCUUACUGAGGACUUAAGUCUCAACACACCAGCUACGCGGAACAUGGUCUUAGUUUACCCGCGUGGCUCACAAGUAGUUGUCCCUAAUAAUGCUUCUAUGUUGCCAUGUAGUGAUAAUGAGUGGGUGGCUCUUGAAGUAGUCCGUAACGCUAAUUAAGGCUGUGUUCUCUACGUCUUAACUUAUUGAAUCUGAUCUGAAUUUGUUAAGGCUGAUUUAGUGGAUUUGAUUUGAUUGUAGUGUAAUUCAUAGUUGUUGAUCUGAAUUGAUGAUAAGCGCAAGUAAUAAGGAGAAUAAAAGUUGGAGAAAACAUGGACUAAGUGCAUACAUGUGUGACAUCCACAUUGUGUAGCAUAAUUUCAACCGCUGUAAUUGCAAUUGUGACAAUGUCCUCUUGAAUAUGAUACGGAGUAUUAAAUAUAUUGACAAUUC